CGGCGGGCGACUUUGAAAAGGCCUGACUUUUUUCCGUACCUGAGUAAACUGUCACCUGUCACGUGGUAGACAUUGAACAGAAAAGGCUAAAACGCCUGUUAAUUUAACUAAAAGUCCAGCGCAAAUAAGUCUAAAGGAAACCUUUUAACUUUAGGACAGUCAAAACGAAGAGAUUUACAUGACAAGAGUACGGUUUUGGGGCCACGUGUUAUUCCUCUUGUAUGUAAAUGAUCUUCCUCGCCUAAUAUCAUCAUCGGUGUCGCUUCAUACUGAUGAUUUCAAGAUAUGGGAAGCGAUCCGAAGUAAGGGUGAUAGCUUAGAACUCCAAAAUGACCUGGAGAAAUAAUCUGAAUGGUCUAGACCUGGCAGUUGCCAAUACAUACUUCCAAGUGUGUUGUGAUGCAUAUCGGUCAUCAAGUUACAGAUACAUACACGAUGGAUAACACUGAGCUACCUGUUGCCCACAUGACUUAGGAGUCAUCGUUAGCCAAGACCUAAAGACUACUACAGACUGCCGUGCAAUAACUGCCAAAGGUUUUUAAACUUUAUUGACAGAUAGUUCCCAUUUAAAAUUAAAACACGGAUUUCAGCGAAGGGAUCUCUUUUCAACGAAUUUAUCAUCAAGCUGUACAGUCGUACAUGUAUAAAAAUUUAUUAACUGUGUUCACAUUUCCUCACGGAAUUAGUACUUUUACAAAAACAAUUUUCAUAUAUGUACGAUUGUACAGCUUGAUAAUAAAUUUGUUGAAAAGAGAUCCUUUCGCUGAAAUUCGUGUUUUAAUUUUAAAACUUUAUGGUCAAUACAUAGGGCUUUUAAUCAUGUCGACGCUAAAACGUUUUUGACUUUGUAUAAAGUGUUCGUACGUCCUAAACUUGAGUACUGCAGACAAGCGGAUAGCCCCUGCUUAAAAAAAGACUCAACUUUUGGAAAAGGUCCAUAGAACAGCUGAUUCCCGGAAUAGCGAAGCUCUCGUAUGAUGCUCGACUGGUGAAGCUAAACCUAUUCCCGUUGUUAUAUUGAAGAAUUAGGGGCGACUUGAUUACAGUUUUCAAAUUGCUUAGUGAUAAAUUUGCACCUGAUAUGCCCUCAUUUUUCUUGUCUUCCAAAACAGAGAAUUUACGAGGACACUCCAAAAAGUUCAUAAGCUCAGGACAAAUUACUUGUCAGUUGACUAUCGACUUUCCCAUCGAAUCACCAACGAGUGGAAUUCAUUACCUCAGCACGUGGUUGGGGCUCCAUUCGUCGACUCUUUCAAAAGGAAGUUGGGUCAACUGAGAGACCACCAUUGCCAGGACUAACACAGGCUAUCAAGCCUCCUGUCCUUAACAAACUGAAACGAGGAGAAAUACCAAUCCCAGUUUAAAGUGCAAUAAUCCUAGGACUGGGUUGAACUAUCUGAUUCUAGUUUGCAUUGUCAUCUAGGUUUUGUGUUAUUUUUGGUUUUUGUUUGUUGCUUGCCUCAACAAAUUCAAGUGUAUUGUGUGCUUCUGCUGGGUCAUCGAGUCGUCCUUCACCAUUGUUCUCUUUUCAAGCACUCCACUCAUGCUGCUGUGCAUGCUCCCCUGGUGCUCAAGAUACUUGGCUAGACUCGACCUGCUACAUUCGUGGCAGGCAUGUAAGGGCCUUACUGGUUAGAAGUCUAUGAUGCAGUGCAGACUUAUUACGAGCCCUAAUUAAGGCACUACAAACACUUAAACAGUGCUUUGUCAAAAGUGCUAGUUAUGUAGAGGAUUAAACUGUCUGAAAAUUCUACACCUAUAUUUUCACUUAGAUUUAUCAUACUGCCGAAAAACAGCAAAAACUUAGAGUUUUGGUUUCUCUGUAGGUACAGAGUUUUUGAGCUGGAACUAUGUUACAAAAGGACUAAACAGACUUGAGACACUGUAUAUAGACUCAAGACCUGGUUUCAGUUCCUUACCUUGAUUAAAACUCGAAUUUCUAAACAUGUACCUUUCCCGUUUAAUGUUAAAAAUAACUCAUGAAAAGGUUCGUUACUCAUCAUUAAAAGACUUAUCUCUUGUAAGUUUACCACUUGAAAAUCGCAAAUUGUUUCAUAGAAACAAAGUUAUGCGACUGACUAACAUACUACUCAAGUUUAUUUGAAAUUUUCAAUGUUCUCUAUAGACUACUUCCGUAAACGUACCCCUUUUUCUAAGCCUAACUCACAUGGGGCAGGUUCGUGAUUCAUCUUCGAUUUCUCUAGCCCUUGUAAUCUUAACACUUGCCGACAGAUCUAUUUGCUUAGUCUGACUUCGAAUAUGUAGUAAUCUGGAAUACUGUAAUAGAUCCACACGGCUGGUUCGUCGCCUGUCUAAAAGUAAAUAAAAGACAAAAACCAAGAUUAGGAACAUGUUUAUCGAUUCAAACAAAUUUUAAGAUCAAAAUCAGCAAGUAUUUGCUACUUUAAGCUUUAGCUUUUCAGUCUAGAAACUGCAUUUCGAGCUGAAAAGCCACUGGUUCGUAACCUGCAUAUCCACUUUACCUUAAUCAACCAGGUUGCAUCUCUAUAAAGAUACAGAUAAAAACUUCACACAAGUAGUAAUUAAAACCUAAAUAAACCUGUUCUUUUCCAACAAGUAAAAGUAAAGUAAAUCAGAGUAGCCAUAUUGUUUUUCUAGAUUCUUAUUUUAAAGUGGCUAAUAUCAUAAGUUGAGAUCUAUGAUCGGUGUUUACUUUAGGUGUCCGGAUAGCACAGUUAACUCGGAUGAAAUAUCGCUCACAUACGCGUAUGUUGACUUUUGAUUGUAUGAUUUGAAAUAUUAUUGUCUUUCAUUUAUCUUAAACCAGGGUAGAGUGUCCUAUUUCUUCUUAACAGUAAGCCUAAAUUGUAAACUAGAUGCGUAUGCAAACCGUAGUCAAUGUCUCUAGUACAUUUCACCGAUAUAUUAUUGUAAUUAAUAGUAUCGGUAACUAGCCUAUGAGAUCCAAUGACCUGAUUAAUAUUGUCUUUCAGGUUUGUAAAACAAUGCAAAAUGAGAUCAGGUUUGCUCUUAAUUUCAUUCACAACUGUAAAAAAGCAACAGGAAAAAGAUUGUGGCACCACUAUUUUUGUCAGCGUAAUUUUGCCAGUGUUCUUGGUAUAGAAACGAGCUGUGACGAUACAGGUGCAGCUGUUAUAGAAACAUCAGGAAAACUACUUGGAGAUUGUCUAUCUUCGCAAGCGAGGCUUAGUGUUAUGUUAGGUGGUGUAGUACCGUCCGUAGCAGCUGAACUUCACAAGGAAAACAUUGAAUCAGUUGUAAAUACUGCUAUGGCCAAAUCCAACAUUGGGUUCCGGGAUUUAAAUUUUGUUGCAGUUACAGUAAAACCAGGUAUGCCACUAUCUCUAAAAAUUGGAGUUAGUUUCGCUAAAUCUUUAGCAAGUCGAUUAAAGAUUCCUAUCAUACCGAUUGAUCAUAUGGAGGCUCAUGCACUGACAGCUCUGUUUACAGAUCCUCAGUUGAAAUUUCCCUAUAUGAUCCUCUUAAUAAGUGGUGGUCACAGUAUUUUGGGCAUUGUUCAAGGGUUAGAGGAUUACGUUUUAUUAGGUACAGCAUUAGAUGCCUCUCCAGGCGAUAUUCUUGACAAGAUUUCUAGGCGUCUAAAACUAAAUCGUUUGUCAGAUGAGUGUUUGAAAGGCGUCGCAGGUGGUAAGGCUAUCGAAAUAAUUGCAAAGACUUAUAAUGGUGAUCAUCAACGAUUCAACCUACCUUUACCACGUUCACAAUCUAAGGAUUGUGAUUUCUCAUUUAGUGGAAUCCAUGUGGCUGCAGAACAAUUGAUCAAUAAAUUGGAAUCUGAAAAUCAUGGUAAUGGAUGCACUUUAUCGACCCAAGAUAUUGCUGAUGUUUGUGCAUCUGUACAGUUCUGUAUGACAAGAUUAAUCUGUCGGCGUGUUCAGCGUGCUAUUGAAUACUGUUUGUUGAACACUGAUUCCAGAGCCAGUGUAAUUAGAAAUCAUCCUACAGCUUUGGUUGUUUCUGGUGGGGUUGGUUCUAAUUGUGUUAUUCGUGCCGGUUUAACUGAGGUAGCUAAUCAUUAUAAUUUGAGAUUUGUGGCUCCUCCAUCAAGUCUAUGUACUGAUAAUGGAAUCAUGAUAGCAUGGAAUGGAGUUUUACUUCAAAAAGAAAAUUCUUCUCGUAUUACGGAAGAUAUCUGUUCUGUUGAUUUUUGUCCAAGAUCUACAUUUGGUGUUGACUGUCGAGAAGAUGUGAAACAAGCUAACAUAUCAAUUGAACCAAUUAAAUUAUCCAAUACUAUUUUCCAAUCAUAAGUAAUAGUAGUACUAUUUCUUUUGUUUAAACUUUGAAAUUUUUUGUGAAUAUGUAUAAAAUGAACAGUGAUUGCAAAAAUUCUAUGACGUAAUUUCUUGAAUAAAAGAAAUACGUAUUCU